CAGCUGGAAUAUCGGUACAAAUUCCGCAACAUCGAGUAACAAAUGAUAUGUUUUCGGUCAUUUGCGUUCAGAGACGUGAUGUGUUAACUAAAUGAUUAUUAAUAUAGUAUUAUCAAUUUAAAUUACGUUCUAAUCACCAGUUACUCAUCGUAUUUGAGGAUGAUAAAUAUUUUGUUACAAAUACUAAUUCUGAUUCCGACUUGCUUUUCGUCAAACCCUUGCUGUGCAAACAAUAAUUCUAUAAGCGAAAGAAGAUGCAUAGAUGGUUCACCAUUGCAAGGUCUUUCAUGUCCUCACAAAUACCUAAUCGAAAAAGAUCCAGAUAUCGAAGUUGAUAACGAUGAUAAUCUCAACAUUGCCUCAUCUCAAGUACCACUAAACAGAUACUGUGUAUCAACAAAAAACGACACUGUUGUUUUUAUCGUUUGCUUCAAUGAGGACCCCAAUGACAACACAAUCUACGUCGUUCAUGCCGUUCUAGAAUUAAUUUCCGUAUUUUUCAUUUUGAUAACAAUAUUUGUAUAUUUGCAACUGCGUGGCGACCUAUUAGAUUUACAAGGAAUAUGCAUUAUGCAUUCCAUUUCAGGAUUAGCUACCUCAUUCUUGACUUUAGCAGUAAACCAACUACUACCCGGUGGUUUAGAAAAACCAUCUUGCAUCGUGUUGGCCUAUAUUAUCUAUUUUUCAAUGCUAUAUUCAUUUUUUUGGUUAAAUGUAUUGUCUUUCCAUAUCUGGAGAGUUAUUGUACAACCACGUUUUCUAAAAAUGUUGGCCCCUUAUUGGCUUUACAUCUACUGUAGUUUUGGUUGCGGAGGACCCACUUUUUUGACAAUCGUCCUCUCAAUAGCUCAAUCUAUGAACGAAUCCGAUUCCCAUCCUGGAUUCGGAGAAACCAAAUGCUGGUUUAAAUCGACGAAAACCCAGUUCCUCUACUUUUAUACACCAAUGGCAAUACUGCUAUUUCUAAAUAUCAUUUAUUACGCUUCAACUAUUGCAACUUUAUGGAAAAGCUUGAAAUCAGUAGAUGAAAAGAAAACCAAAGUGAUGAAAUACAGAUUGCUUCUUUGUGUGAAAUUAUUCUUCAUAAUGGGCAUCUCUUGGAUAUUUGAAUUAUUAUCAGCGGGUUUUCAAGACAACAACACCCUUCAAACCAUAUGGCACGUGACAGAUGUACUCAAUACCCUACAAGGAAUCUUGAUAUUCCUUAUUCUCGUGGUGUUCAGAAAAAAAGUUGUUCGAGGUUUAGCAGAUAGAAGCUUUUGUGGUGUACGGUUACCAGGACGGUGGCGAGGCGCCGCUGAUGAGGAAUGUGGAGAAAUCGAAGAAGAAUUAAACUUAUCAGAGACACAAGUCCAUAAAAACUAAAGAAUUGUGAUUAUUAUUCGGGGUAAAAAGUCAGAUAAAAAGUUUUUAAAACGUUCAACAAUUUAUGGUUUAUUCAGUUCCUACUGUACAAGCCCAACAAGAAGAAUUUUAAACAUAGAAACGGUGACGACAACAACAAAACACAAACAACUGAAAUUUGUGCUAAAAAAAUACUGCUAAAGUGAAUAGAAUAAAACAAUUAAAAGUUAUUUUCUAUUUAACUGUUGUAGCAAUUUUUACGUUAAAAAAAUUAUGGGAAACUCACAUUCCUUAUUUGAUUUAAUGAAAAGUAUAGCAUUUAAAAGAAAACUGAUGAUUUAAACCAAAUUCAAGUAUUCUUACUAAAUUGUAACCAAGUUAAACUCCACUUAUUUAAAAACAUGUUUUUCUUAUUUUAAAGAAACCGUGAUUCUAAAUCAAAUAUUUAAUUGUGGUCAAAUUAGAAUUAUACUCCUGCUUACAAACGAUUAUUUAAAGAUUAAAUUACGCAUAUUUUUAAUACGUCAUUUGCGUGAGAUGAAUUAACUAAUCGAAUGUUUUGGCGAAAUAAAUAUAUAUUUUUCCAAUUAAGUAUGUAAAAAUACCGAAUUAUAUGAAUUUAUCAUAAAAAGCUUUUAUUAGUGAGUUUUAGUCAAUUUUUUAUUGUAUAAAAAUUGUUUUAUUCGUGCUGCCCAUAUUUUAAUCCUUCACAACUUAAUUACUCUGGUAAAAUAAUUUUAUGAAAAGAAACAGUUAAAUUAAGAAGCAAAAAAUUAUUAGAGCUAUAACAACUUUUGUAGAAUAAAAAUAUUGUACUAUACAUUUUUACAAAAUGUACUAUUUUUUUUUUAUUUUAAUUCAAAUUUGUUUCACUUUUGUGCAAGUAGAUCACUAAAUUAAGAAGAAAAUGCCUUUCUCCAAAAUACAAAAUUUGACCCAUCGUGCUAUUAAAAAAAAAUCAAGUAGUGUUUCUAAAACAAAGGGAGUAGCAAUUUAAAAAAUAUUUGGGAGAAUGUAUUAUAAAAACUUUAUUCAAUUUUGCCUGACGUAUGUUUAUGUCAAAUCAAACUUUAAAAAAGUCAUUGUUUAUUUUGUUUAUUUAAGCAACGCAUUAAAACAUUAAUAAUUCUAUAAUCGA